AUGUUGGAAGCGGCAAUCUUAGCAGUUGAUGCUGAGAAAGCCUUUGACUACAUCAGCUGGGAUCACUUAUUCACUACACUAGAAAAAUUUGGAUUUAAAGACAACAUUAUAAACUUAAUAAAAAUUCUAUACAAAAAUCCAGCAGUGGUAGUUAAUGGAUUAACGUCUGAAAAAUUCAGCCUACAAAGAGGGACCCGCCAGGGUUGCCCUUUAUCCCCUCUGUUAUUUAACUUAUCGAUUGAGCCAUUUGCAAUGCGUUUAAGAGAAUGCCUGUCAGGAAUUCUUAUUGGGGACCAAAAAAUGGUGCUUUCUCUCUAUGCAGAUGACCUAUUAGUAUAUCUAAGUAAUAUUGAAAAAACUUUACCAUUACUAUUGGAGGAAACGCAGAUAUUUAGUGAGAUAUCAGGCUACACGAUCAACUAUGGGAAAUCAGAACUAUUAUGGUUAAAGAAGCCAUUGAAGCUGAUAGGACCAUUACCUUUUAAAGAAAAAUGGCGUGGUAAAGCCUGCAAGUGUGAUUGCCAAGGAGGAGGGUCUACCGUAUCAUCAAAUGGAGUAAUGGUGCUUGACUGUAUGCCAGAAUGCCCUUAUCACAAGCCUCUUGGCUUUGAAUCAGGAGCUGUGAGUGCAGACCAGAUAAUUUGUUCCAAUCAAGACCAGUACACAGGCUGGUAUUCAUCAUGGACUGCCAACAAAGCUCGGCUUAACGGCCAAGGAUUUGGCUGUGCAUGGCUUUCCAAAUAUCAAGACAAUAACCAAUGGCUUCAGAUUGAUCUAUUGGAAAUGAAGGUGAUCUCUGGUAUUAUGACACAAGGAAGAUGUGACACAGAUGAGUGGAUGACAAAAUACAGCGUGCAGUACAGGGCGGACGAAACCUUAAAUUGGGUUUACUACAAAGAUCAAUCAGGAAACAACAGGGUGUUCUAUGGAAAUUCAGAUCGAUCAUCUACAGUACAGAGUUUUCUACGCCCUCCAAUUAUUGCUCGCUAUAUCAAGAUUAUACCUUUGGGGUGGCAUGUCCGUAUUGCAUUAAGAAUGGAGCUACUUGAGUGCAUGAGCAAAUGUGGUUAA